AUGUCAUUUCACUCGAUUACCAUCCUGAUAGUUUUUUCUUCUUCUUUGUUGCAGUUUUCUGACAAUUUUGCUAUCCUGUUAUUCCACUAUGAUGGCCAUGUGACCGAAUGGGACGAAUUUGAGUGCUCAAAGCGAGCCAUCCAUAUCAGUGUCAGCAAACAAACUAAAUGGUGUGCUACUAUGCUGCAAUGUGCUGGCUAUUCCUCUGAUUGUAAUUUGGAAUCAAUCUUCUUCUAA